AUGCACGCAUCAUCUACAAACGAUGCAGGGUCGGGCGACACGACACGACAGUCCACAGGCGUGGACGACAUCGUCCGUGAACGAUGCAUGCACGGAUCGUCUACAGACGAUGGGUCGGGCGACACGACACGACAGUCCACAGGCGUGGACGACAUCGUCCGUGAACGAUGCAUGCACGGAUCGUCUACAGACGAUGGGUCGGGCGACACGACACGACAGUCCACAGGCGUGGACGACAUCGUCCGUGAACGAUGCAUGCACGGAUCGUCUACAGACGAUAGGUCGGGCGACACGACACGACAGUCCACAGGCGUGGACGACAUCGUCCGUGAACGAUGCAUGCACGGAUCGUCUACAGACGAUGGGUCGGGCGACACGACACGACAGUCCACAGGCGUGGACGACAUCGUCCGUGAACGAUGCAUGCACGACCAAGUCCUGUUUGACAUCCACCGACAGAAUGAUGACGUUUCAUUGUGUCGCCGCAAAAAGGCGCCGCAACAUUCAAAAUUUGGUCUUAUUCGUGUUCAUAGACAGGAUCAAUUGAUGCUUCAAGAAAACAAAUGUCACACCGUCUUUAAGCGCUGUCUGCUCCAUCUGCAGAGGGUCCAUGCAGAAGCCGUGCCGCCACAGCUAGCCAGAUGCAUCUGCAAUUUGAUACACGCCAUGGGUUCAGCCCAUGGCGUGUAUCAAAUUGCAGAUGCUACAACAUUUGACGUGACUCCAACGAUAAUCUACUAG